CUGGAAAUUAUAAAUGGUGGAACUCGACAAAACCCCCUAAAACAGUCGCUCCCUCACCCUCAAACCCGAUCGAUUUUCCGAAAUAGUGGGAGGAGCGACGUGGAAACCCGAAUGAAGCACCCAGUUCGACAGUUCUUAGUUCACCUUUGGAAGCCGUGCGUUCAAAUUUCCAAUCGAGACUGAUACGAACACGUGAACGAAUAUACAAACAACAAAAAGAAAAAUAAAACCAGAAAGAAAAAAUAUUCUUUACACGUGCCAUGUAACUUGUUUUAUUAGAAUAAUCGAGUGUCUGUGAGUGUGUUUGUGAAGUGCGUUUUAUAAGGGUGGUUUACCUGUUUCGGCCAGCCUGAUGGCUGAAAAUCAAAUCGCACAGGUGAUUGCUUUCAUAUGCGGACUUAUCGUUAUUAUUUUGAUGAUAAUGGGACUCGCGUCAACUGAUUGGUUGAUGGCGGCCGGAUGGAGACAGGGACUUUUUAUGCAUUGCAUAGAAGAAGACGCGCCGCAACCUUUACCUUUCAGUAUACAGGCUCCCGUGGGAUGUUAUCAAUCAAGAGAUGCAGGUUAUAUCAAAGCAGCAGCUGCUCUUUGCGUGAUAACGCUUUUAACAGAUCUGGUAGCUACGGUACUAACAGGUCUAGGACUCGGUACAAAAGAUCAUCAUACCAAAUACAAAUAUUAUAGAUUCGCUGUCAUAGUUAUGGGAUUAGCGUUGGUUUCGAUACUUAUAGCUCUCAUCAUAUAUCCUGUUUGUUUCGCGGCCGAACUUAAUUUGGGUAAUAGAACGAUAUGGGAGUUCGGUUGGGCGUACGGCGUUGGAUGGGGCGCCGCCAUUUUCCUCUUCGGAGCCGUUAUUCUAUUGAUGUGCGACAAAGAGAGCGAAGAAAUUUAUUACAAAGAAAGAAAAAUUGUGCACGAUAACGAUUCGCGUGCCUAGUGGCCGCAUAGUCUGCCCGAUGUUGUUCUCUGAUCUUAAUAGAGGUAAUAUCGCUUCUUUCAGAGAGUGUCCAACGAAUGAACGAUUCGUAUGAAUGAUAUUUAGUGUGUUUGACUGAUAUAUGUAUUUGAGAAAAAAAACAUUCAUUUAUUUAUUUAUGUAUGUAUAUAUAUAUAUAAUUUUUUUUCAAAACUAAUCAGUGCGAUUGAGAUAUAAAAAAAUAUAACGGAACUUUCUUAACUAUCAAAUAAAUAUGACGUGUUUCAAAUUAUUUUAACAAUUGACAGUGAAACACUACUAAAUUUCGAAUUAGUAUAAUCCAAUACGUUUUUCAACUUUAAAUUUGAAUUUAAAUUUAAACAACGAUUACCACAUUCAGAAAUUUGCAGAUGAACCUCGUAUUGAUAAAAUUGAUGUUUACAUUUAAAUAGAAAAUGUAUAUGUUACGUAACAUGUCUCAUCAACAAAUUCGUCGGAAUAAAAUAUCGAUUCAAGAGAAAAUAAAAAAAUCAUUUUUUUACAGUUUUUGAAAAAUUAUUUAUAUUCAUACGUGUAAUCAAUAUAAUUGACUGGUAGUAAAUAAUAAAUUUGUUAUUCUAAAUAUUGAUUAAGAAAUACGAGUAGCAUGUCAUCUAUUGACGAAUUCUAAUACUAUUCUGACGAGUUAUUAUACAAUUAAACGCGACUGCUCUCUAUUGACAAUUUACAAACGAACGGAUCUGCCUUCAAGUUAUAAUAAAAUCGAAUCGCUGCUCCCUCUAUUCACAACUUCAUAUACAACCGAAAUAAAUUGCAAAUGGUCAUUUUAAUCAAGAAAAGGUUGGAUUUAUACUAAUCAUUCGUAUACACAAUUCUCGUAGGGUAUUUAUCUUUCAUUACCGUUUAUUAAAUUUAAAUUCGCAUAAAAAAAAUCGAAUUGCAGUAUGAAUAAUACAAGGGGGAUAUCAAAAUUAGUACUCCUUUACUACGUAUUUAUUUUACUUUGUUCAAAUAUAUUCCCAAUCACUGUGUAAUUUAUGGGAAAUUCAGUUUCAAUGCGAGGUUUUUCUUUGUAUUAAACUAUUACUCAUAUCAAAUACAAUUUGUUAUUACUCAUGCUGAAUCAAUUUAUGAAUUGGAAAAUAAAAUCGUGACGUUAUUCAUUUCACAAAAAUGUCGUUGUGUAUUACAAAUCGAAUCAAACUGAUUAGAAUCGUUUUGUUCAUUUAGUUGCCUGGUUAAGAUAUUACCAGUCAAUCGUUUCUGUGGUGGUUAACAAUUUUUUACUUACCAAUUUAUUUACAAAAGUCCAUUAACAUAAAAUAAUACUUAUUCUUCCAUAUAUACAAUAUAUAUUUUUACUUUAGUUGACGUAAAAAUAGUCGCAACACCGCUUAGCAGCCAUUAUAUCAUACGGUAACUUGUUGAUUGUCAACAAAUUAUCAAUGAUUUCUAUCAUCCUAAUUAAAAAUUAUUUCAGACACUGUAUCGAUUUUAAAUUAAAUGCAAUGAAAAUAUUUUGGAAAUUUACGACGGGAAUAAAAAAUAUAUUCAAUGCAAAACAAUUUUAAUUCCUGAAAAUUAACUUUAUGGUGUUGCCAUCUAUAAGGUUGACAUAAAAAUAUCUAGUUAGGUAUUGCAGAUUUCUGUCAUAGUCAGUAAAUAUUACAGAUUCAACUAUAUUAUACUAAUAAUAGUUAACUUCAAAAUACGUUACAAGCUAUCGCAAAACUUUUUAUAUAUUUACAUCUUGUUUAUUUUUGGAUAUUUAAUUUCGGACGAUUGCAAAUAAAUUUGUAUUUUGGGAUGAGUGAUUCGUGAGACUGAAGAGGCAACCCGGGCAGGCUAGAUGUGUGUUAAAAUAAGACUUUUACGAUAUAGAUACUCGUUGCAAACGUGUACUGGGUGGGUAACUAAUAACGAACGGAUUAUUUAACAGCUACGCCUCUAGAAGGCGUAAUCGAAAAUAUGAAGUUAAAAAAGUAAAAAUUUUUUAAAAUUUAUCCUGUAGUUUAUAGAGAUAAUUAAAAUAUUCAAUAAAAUUUUUCAUUUAAUAACUUUUACUAGAUCUUUUUAAAUAUGAUGUAGGGGAAGUAGGAACUAAACUAAUAGAAGUUUUAAAAGAAAUUCCCGCCAUUUAUACAUUUCUUAAGAUAUCUCGAGAUAGAAAAAAGAUAUCGAUAUGCGGUUUUCGCCAUUCUUAGUUACCCACACGGUAUAUAAACGGUCCGAAUAAUAAGAAAAUAAUAUUUUCUCGAUACUAGAUUAUGACUAUUUAUGUUUUAUGACUUUUAUAUAUAAAUAAAAUAUUGUUUUUUGUGCUUCGGACUACUUUGCUGUAAAAGUAAAAAAUAUGUACAUGUAUUGACUAUUAAAAGUAGAAAUGUCAAUGUAGGAAUUAAAAGAAAUAUAUAUUAGCAGAUUUAUCUAAAUUACAAAAUAAAAUUCUGUACUUUUUCUACUAUGUUUUAUUAGAAAAAAAAAUAAAAUAUUUUAGGAACGGUACAGAAAAGUUGAUGAGAUUUUUUUUGUACAUUGACUCGGGCAUUAUACUUUUUAAUAAAAGAUUUUCGUACUUGCUAGAAUGAAGGUGAAAUUAUUUUUGGAAAGGAUGUUGCUCUAUAUUCUAUUUAGUUUGAACCGUGGCUGCUAAUGUGAUAUUAUCUAUAUGUAUAUUUAUUUCGCUUUAUUUACACGUCACUCUUAUAUAUAUACAGGGUUAAUCGUAAAAUUCACUUUUGUUAAUUUACUUUUUUUCUAUUGACAAAAUGUACAUACAUGUUUUUAUGUAAAUAUAUUUAAAAGAGCAA